CUUCUGUACUUGAGCUACAAUCCUUGAAUUGGGGGAGAAUAGGGGCCAAUUAUUGUAGUUAUGCUGAUGUCAUUGGAAAAAUCCUUCCUAUAGCAUGCUGCUCUUCCCCAUACUUCUCCCAGACCAUUUGUGGCUACAGCAAUCAUGCAAGUACCCCUUAGAAAGUGAGGUAAUGGAUUAUGUCAGGUAGGCAAGAUGGCAGGAAGGGAGGCUGGAGGUUGGUGGAAAAAGUGGCUGCAACAGAGCUACCAGGAGGUCAAGGAGAAAUACACAGAAACCUUGGAAUUCGUGAAACAGGACUUAAAUGAAUUCAGUCAGAUGGUACAGCGCAACACAGCAUGUCCCAUCACAGUCACUGCCAGUAUGUUCCAGGAAACUGAAGGUUCUCCAGGAGCAACAGGAAAUAUGAAGGGACUAUCUGCCUUUCUCAGAGUGAUCUCAGACCCUUCCCCUAACCAAACCAUUGAUUGCGAUGUCAUCACUCUGAUGGACACCCCUGUGGGAACCACUGAAAUUUAUGAUAGUGCCAAAGUUCAUCUGUGUGGCCUUCACUCAAACCCAGUAACAUACAGCAAUGAGCCCGAUGGGCCUUCAGAGCUAUUUGGCACCUGGCUAUCUCAAUUUCAUUUGGAGGAAAAAAAGGACGAAAUCUCCAAUCUAUUUAGCAGCAGCCUCUCCAACCAGGCUCUUUCUUCCAAGAUGGUCCCAGCAGCUGUUUCCCAUUCAAAAUUUUGGCACCAAUACUUCUACAGGCUCCACCACUUAGCACAGAAAGAGGCCCAGAGGGAUGCUCUGAAACAAUGGACAGAACACAGUGUUUUUGAGGAACCAGGUUGGGAGGAAGAGGAAGAGGAUCUUGGUAAUAUCUCGGCUGAAUAUGCAAUCCUUAGAAUCUUUCUGAAGAAUUUGGGAGUUGUGGUUAUACCCUCAGCAGAGGUCACCCCAUCAGAAAGCAGCAAAAGUGUCUCACUUGUGACUCAUGUCAUCAAUCCUGCUUUUACACCUGAAGCCCUAGCACUGGAACAAACAGCCCCUGGUAAGAACCUUUCCUCAAAGCUUUUGGAAGUGACUUUGGAAGACCAAGUUCCCAUAGCUGAUGUUGUGGAAACAGGCCCAUCUCUUGUGGAAUGGUCCAAGCCUUCAACUCCCACUGGGUAUCCAAGCAACUCUGAGCCCAAAGCAGUGAUCAGAGUGGAGAUUCUAAGAGAAAAGAAACCAAAAAACUUAGGGGUAUUUGAAUUGAAUUCAGACAGUCAGAAGUCCACACUUUCCAACAAUGGGAAAAAAGAUGGGUCUUAAAGGCUAGAAUCUAGGAGGGAGCGUAUGUGAAACAAAGUGACCCAUCCUCCUAAGCUAUUCUGGUUAGGUUUUUAGGGCAGAUCCCAACUGUCUCUUAAUAAGUUUUGGCUAAUUUUCACUGAUUGGAGGUUGGGAAUAGUGAUUUGGGAGCACCUGUGACGGUGGUAUUAUUAAUUCAGGAGGCACAA